GCGUAGCGUGGCAUACUCGUUUACUCGUUCGAGUAAAUUUUUGAACGGAAAGUAAAAAAAUAAAUCACUUUUAAAUGCGAAAAAGACAAUAAAAAUAUUUCGAAUGGAUGUACGGGGGUCUAUCAUAGAUGAAUUCUUACUUACUGAAGUAUAAAACGGAUACAAUAUACUAGUGUUCCAUCUCUUAUAACAAAAUACGCCAAUUAUUUAGUUGCUCAGUAGUGCUAGCGCUGUGUCAAUAUUGUUUAAGACCGGUAAGCUAGCUCGAGUAUCUUGCCGAAUGUUAAGCCACAGACAGUGCCACGCUGACCGCAGCCUUUUUGGGCAAUCUGCGCGCCUUGAACAUUCAACUCGACAAGAUGAGAAGUCAGGGCUAUGACGGCGCUGCUAACAUGUGCGGACGGUUCAGAGGUGUUCAAGCAAGGAUAAGACAACAAUAUCCAGGAGCUGUAUACACACACUGUAAGGCACACUGUUUGAAUCUUGCCAUUGUUUACGCAUCAACUGUUAUCUACACAAAGAAUAUGAUGGAUCUUGUGCAAACCAUCGCAUUUGCGUUUAACUAUUUUGCUAAGCGAAUGCUUUGCUUUAAAGAGCAGCUAGCAGAAGAUCAGGCUAGCAAGCAAGAGAUGGAGAAAAGGACCAAACUUCAGUAUCUCUGUGCAACGCGUUGGGCUGCCAGGGCUGACGCUCUAUUCACGUUUGUGUCCGCAUUUACAGCCUUGAAUCAGCGCCGAAUGAGCUCGAAACUGGACAUGUAGAUACAAAGGCUGCAUCAUACAGAGGCGGGAUCUUAAGCUUCGACUUCAUCAUCACUCUUCUAGCUGUCUGGUACAUUCUCAGUGGCGUCGUCCCUCUGUCAAAGAUGUUGCAGAAGGAAAAUGCGAUCUUGUCAAGCUUCGUUAGAGGCAAGGGUUUUAACAGCCCAACUAGAUACUGAUAGGAACGAUGAUGGUACUUGGGACAAUUUUACUUUAGCGUCGGUUUUGGCGCAGUAAGUUGGAGUGGAGCCUUCGAUUCCUCGUAGCGCUAAAAGGCAGGAAAACAGGCCUAAUGCUCCAGCAGCAACACCAUCAGACUUCUGGAGACGAAACAUGUAUAAUCCAUUCGUAGACAAUCUCAUUACAGAAUUAAGGGACCCUUUUCUUGUUGCACAUGGGCCUUUUUGGGGCGCAGUACCUCUUUCAAAACCAGGUUGGUGAGCUGUUGGUGCAGCAAUUCUUGACAGAAUUUGAGGCUGAUAUCAUCGGCGACAAUGAUCAACUCUGCAACGACGUUCGACGUUUGGAAACUAGAUGGACAGCAGCGACGCCGGAAGAUGUCCCCAACUCACUUGAAACAGCUAUAAAAAGAGCCCCGUUGGAAUUGUAUCCAAACAUAGGAAUGUACCUGUCAAUUUUACUGGCUAUGCCAGUUUCUACGGCAACAGCAGAAAGGUCGUUUUCGACGAUGGAGCGCGUGAAAACGUAUCUCAGAAACACCAUAAAAACAGAACGGCUCUCUGGGUUAGGCUUGAUGAACAUUUACAGAGAAAGGGAGAUCAGUUUCGAGAGAGUGGUCGACAUCUUUGCUAGGCGCAAGAGCAGAAGACGAGCUCUUAUAUUUCGUGUUUAAACAAUGAAAAAGAAGAAUAGAUAAAUUCUUA